GAAAACUUUUUCAGAGGGCAGAGGCUUUCCAAGAGUCAGGAAGCCUCUACCAUUCCACACUUUCAAAAUAUAGUUUUCUUCCUCCCUUAGAAACCUGGAUGUUUUACAAGGCAAGAAUGAAGAUAUUGUCUUAGCACAUAAAGGCUGAUAUACAAAGGGGUCCGUAUUUAAGAAGUGAAGUUGGAGCUUUUGUAUUAGAAAUCACAAUGCAGGCAUUAUUGUCACACAUUCUUAAGCUUGCCCAUUUUCUAUGGCUACUCGGGGUAAUACUGAGGUCUGCUGAUGCCCAAUUUGAUGAGACUAUAAACAAUAUUGAUUUACGUGGACCACGACCACCAUGUGAUGAAAAACGUAAAUGUCCUAUCAGUGUUUCUUUCCUAAUUGACACAUCUGAAAGCAUUGCACUGCAAUUAAUUCCACCUGGAAGCCUGGUACAGAAAAGUAAGGAUUUUGUGGAAGAGUUCAUCAGAAAAAUAGAUGCAGUUGGUAUUGCUUAUGAGCAAAUUCACAUCAAUUGGGAAUUGGGUGGUCUCCAUUUCUCAGAUGAGGUCAAAGAGUUUGCAGCAAUAGAUUCUGAUAAAGACACAUUCCUUGCUAAUCUUAAAAAUAUAGCCUAUAUUGGUCGAGGAACGUAUACUGACUGUGCUUUGAAGAACAUGACUCACCAGAUGUCGCAAGUCAAAGACAAAAAUAGUAUCCGAUAUGCUGUGGUUAUCACAGAUGGACAUGUCACUGGCGAGCCUUGUGGUGGGAUGAAGCAUCAGGCUGACAGGGCUAAAGAGAUGGGUAUUAAGCUAUUUGUUGUGGGUGCUAGCAGAAAAAUAUAUGAAUCUGGACUGAAAGAGAUCGCUAGCUCCCCAGCUGAGAUUUUCAUGAAUGAUUAUUUCGUUUACAAGGAUGAUUUGUAUCAAACAAUAGAUGACAGAACUAUUGAAGACAUCAUCCAAGUCAUGAAACAUGAGGCCUUUGCUGAGUGUUAUACACCAAAGUGCAUUGAACAAACAGGACCUCCUGGUCCCCCAGGUCUAAAGGGACAGAAGGGAAUGAAAGGAGAUUCUGGUGGACCUGGUGAUCCUGGUCAGAAAGGAAGGCAGGGUGAUCCAGGUAUCGAAGGUCCUAUUGGUUACCCAGGCCCAAAGGGAUCACCUGGAAUGAAAGGAGAGAAGGGAGAAAUGGGAGCCUCUGGAAAGAGAGGAUUCCAUGGAGCACAUGGCAGAAAUGGAACAAGUGGCCACAAGGGCAAACGAGGACGAAUUGGAACACCUGGCUGUAAAGGGGAUCCAGGAGAAAGGGGACCUGAUGGCUACCCCGGAGAUGCAGGUGAAAGAGGACCAGCUGGUGAUCCAGGACCUUCGGGAGACCCUGGAAGGUCAGGAAGAAGUGGACCCAAAGGUAACAAGGGAGAGAUAGGCGCUCCGGGUGAAAAAGGUCUUCCUGGUACUCCAGGAGCUGCAGGUGAGAAAGGAAGAAAGGGAGGCAGGGGCUCUCCUGGAGAAAAAGGAGAACUGGGUCGCAGAGGUGACUUGGGACCAAAGGGUAACCCAGGAUCUAAUGGAGGAAAGGGAGAUAAGGGUGAUGCUGGUCCAGAGGGUAAAAGGGGUCUUCCAGGAGAAGAAGGCAGCAAGGGUGAAAGGGGAGAGAAAGGAUUGUCGGGACCAAGAGGACCAUACGGUGAUGCAGGACCUGCUGGCAAAGAGGGGUCUCGUGGAGAUCCAGGUGAUGUUGGACCAAGAGGUGAAACAGGUCCUCCAGGUGGAAAGGGUGAUAAAGGCCGCCGGGGGUUUAAUUACCCAGGAAGAAGAGGAUCUCCAGGAGACAGAGGAAACAAAGGUCCUGAUGGACCACAGGGACAAAGAGGUAAUGCAGGUCGAAAGGGUCCAUCAGGACCAAAAGGAAAUUAUGGAGAAGGAGGUGAUCCAGGUCCAGGAGGUGAACCAGGACAAAGAGGCAGAAGAGGAGACCCAGGACCUCCAGGACCCGAUGGCCCUCCUGGUGAUCCUGGACUUACAGAAUGUGAUGUAAUGUCAUACAUUAGGGAAACCUGUGGAUGCUGUGAUUGUGAGAAACGAUGUGGUGCUUUGAAUAUUGUGUUUAUAAUUGACAGUUCUGAAAGUAUUGGCCAUACGAAUUUCACCUUGGAGAAAAACUUUGUCAUCGAUGUGGUUAGCCGGUUGGGUACAAUUGCAAAAGAUCCUACUUCACCAACAGGUAUUAGAGUGGGACUGGUGCAGUACAGUCACAACGGCACUUUUGAGUCCAUCCCUUUGAAUGACCCAGGUGUUACCUCACUGUCCUCAUUUAAAGAAAAAGUAAAACGUCUACAGUGGAUUGCAGGUGGCACAUUUACCCCAUCUGCCCUGCACUAUGCCUAUGACACACUGAUAAAGGACAUCAGGAGUGUACAUGCCAAAGUCUUUGCUGUUGUAGUCACAGAUGGGCGAUAUGACCCACGUGAUGAUGAAAACCUGAUCAAAGUACUGUGUAACUCAGAUGUGACAGUUAAUGCAAUCGGAGUUGGAGAUAUGUUCCGUAAACCACAAGAAAGCGAAUCUUUGAAAUCAAUAGCCUGUGGUCAGUCUAACCAAGUACACAACAUGAGUCAUUUCUCAGAGUUAGUUGCUGAAGACUUUAUUAAUAAAAUGGAAGAUGUGCUUUGUCCAGAUCCAGAGCUGGUCUGCCCAGAUAUUCCAUGCAGAACACAACUUUCUAUAGCACAGUGCACACAGAGACCUGUAGACAUCGUAUUCCUGUUAGAUGGAUCUGAACGAGUUGGAGCAGAAAACUUCAAAGUAGCUCAGAACUUUAUUCAGGAGGUAGCUGAUCGACUUCCGUUGGCAAGGAGGGAUGAUGACAACCUGCAUGCUCGAAUUGCUGUCCUGCAGUAUGGAAGUAAUGAUUCGAAAAUGGUGGCUGUACCCUUGACGUUCAACCACACAGUCAUCUCAGAAGAAUUAUUAAAAAUGACAUACCGGGACUAUACCUCAUCCAUUAAAGCUGGUAUCCUCCAUGCCAUCAAUAACAUUGUCAUGAAUCGUGUCAGGCGAAAUGCUGAACUUUCUUUUGUGUUCAUCACAGAUGGCAUCUCCAGGAAUGAGAGCUUGACAGAAGCAGUGAUAUCUAUGAAGAAACAAGAUGUAGUACCAACAGUUCUUGCUUUUGGUAGUGAUAUUAACAAUGAUGUUCUCAAUCAGAUUGUGAUGAAUGACCGAGCUGCCAUUUUCCGGGGAAAAGACUACUCUAGCCUCAUAGAUCCCAGCUUCUUCAAUCGUUUUAUUAGGUGGAUUUGCUAAAGCAACUAGCAUGCCAACCUAUAAGGAAAGAAAUGUACCCACUAGAUAGUAUUCUUUUAUUGUAAUUUGAACACAAAAUUAAUGUGCUUAUUUUUUCUACGAAAACCUGUAAAAUAUAAAAUGUCUCUACUCAUUUGUGUUGCUUGUUUACAAUGCUCUGGAGUCUUACUGAACCCUGCAUUUCUGAAAUCUUCACUGUUUUGUUUUCUCUAGUUUAAAACAAAAUCAUGAGUUUGUGUCUGCUACCUUUUGUCUUCUGCAUGAUCCAAAUCUCUGGAAGCAAGUGUAGAUUAAAAUAAUAGAUUUUAAUUGUUUUUGUCUCUUUGAUUUUGAAAAAGAAUGUAAGAGUCUCAAUGUCAAGGCUUGAAUUAAAGACUGUCCAUGGGUGCUACCACUUCUUAUAUUUUUCCUGUUCAAAGACAGCUACAGGAAGGUGACUAUCCCAUUCUUGUCUGAUUCCACAUGUCAGGUUCACCAAUAUUAUUUUGAUUAAUUUUACCCUCAGAAAAUAAGUAACACUGUACUGAAUACCUCUAUCAUAUACCUCUGAUUGAUUAGUUUAUCUAAAUAACUGAAUCCCUGCACUUUACCAUCAUUGCUGUUAAUGUGGCAAACAGUCAUGAACACAGGAAAAUGAUAAAAAAGUUUGCUUGGUGCUAAAUACUAUGAUAAAACUUUUUUUUAAUUUAAAUACACUGCUUUCCAACAAAAAUAGAUAUCAAAGCAUUACGCAUUAAAUCUUCUCUUGCUCUCAUGUCAGAUUUAAUACAAGACAUGCAGAUGAUGGUUAUGAUAUUUAAUUGAAUCUUCUCCAACCUUAUCCAACUCUGGAUUAAGCUCACAACACAUUUCCCUUCACUAGGAGACUUUCAGCUGUGCCAGUUAAAGCUGAUAUUAAUGCCUAUUAGAGAUGACUGUCAAAUAAUAUUAUAAGACAAGAAAUUUCAAAAUGUUUUAUUUCAUCCAUUUUCUUUACUGAGCUUCUAGACACUGCAAAACGGGUUUGCAUUUAGUUGGCUAAAAGCUAUUGUUUAUUUUUCAUAGAAACUAUUGUCAACUUAGAUGUUACAUUUGUGAGGCAAUUUAAUGUGAAUACCUGAUUUAUAGGCCUUUUGAUAGUAUAGCAUCUAAAAAGUAUAUGAUCUUAUAUAUGUUCCUUAUAUCACUGUUGGAGAAUGAGUGUAACCAUAGGUUAUUAAAGUGAUCAUUAGACACCAAUAAAUUAUUUCUGCUUUUUUCCAGAUUAUGUAAAAUCAUGUUUUACAUAUUUCUUUCAAUGAAGCCUACUGUUUACCAACAGCAGUGCACCAGCAAAAUGUUUAAACACCAUUUUUAAUGAAAGUUUGAGUUGUACAUAACUAGUAAGCACAAAUAAUCCAGAGAAGUGUUAAAUUUUCUUUUCUAUCCUUUGAUGUUUCUUUUAUUAACCAACAAAGCAGAAUGCCUUGACAACUCACCAGAAGACCUGCACUGUUUGACCUGUGGAUAAAGUAAAAAUGUUUGACACCAACUCUUACCUUUUUUCAUUUGCCAGCUGUAAUUUAAUUUUUGAGAUUUCAGCAUAAUUUCUUUAAUUCAUCUAUUUACUUAAGAUUCCUUAUCAUUGCUGUCUAUUUUUAUCACUGAGCAUUGUUUCAUUUGUUCACGUCAUUUGCAUAAGAUAAGAUACAUGUACUUUAGGAAAAGGAAUGGUACCAUAUUUUACUUCUGAAAUGAUGUCUGAAUUUUUCUGAGAAUGUGUUAAAACAGUUUACAGUCUGACUAAUAUAGUUCACCUCAUGGAAUGUAAUUUUUUAUUAAAUACAAAGGAUCUA